CCUGUGAUCUUUGUGAUGUCUGUUGUUUCAGAUGAUAAACUUGAAGACCUUGAAGAGGCAAACCCAUUCUCCUUUAAAGAGUUCUUAAAAAUCAAGAAUCUAAGUCUGUCGAAAGAGGACACAAGCAACAGUAGAGUUUACCUGAAGGAAGCCUCAAGGCGCUCCCUGGGACUGGACCCUGGCUCCCCAAGCACCCAGGCUGUGGGCUUCGGCCUGGACUAUCCGCAGCCAUUUUUUGAAGACCUGACAGGGGCAGGAGACCUCCUGGAUGAGGAUGACGAGGAGGAGGACGGGUGGAACGGGGCCUACCUGCCGUCGGCCGUGGAGCAGACCUGCUCGGCUGGGGCCACCAGCAGCGCGUCCCCGUGCGGCACCUGCCUCUCCUUCUUUUCCACCCCCUCGGAGCUGGCAGGGCCCGAGUGUCUGCCCCCAUGGACAAUGAGCGACACAGACUCACAUGUUUCCCCAGCAUCCCCAUCUGUGAGUCCAGGCACCGACUUUGCAGCCCACGGAGAGUGCCUGGGGGACAGACAGCUGCGGACCCUGCAGAGGAGUUAUGAAGCACUGAACGAUGAAAAUUCUAAGCUAAGAAGAAAGCUCAAUGAGGUUCAGAGCUUCUCUGAAACUCAAACAGAAAUGUUGAGAACACUUGAGCGGAAGCUGGAGGCAAAGAUGGUCAGGGAGGAGAGCGACUACCGUGACCUGGAGUCGGCAGUGCAGCGGGUGGAGCAGAACCUGGAGCUGAUGACCAAACGAGCUGUGAAGGCAGAAGGUCACGUCGUGAAGCUGAAGCAGGAGGCGAGCCUGCUCCAGGCACAGGUCUCCAGCUUGAAGCGGGAGAAUGAAGCCUUGCGGUCGGGCCAGGGCGCCAGCCUGACGGUGGUGAAGCAGAACACCGACGUGGCCUUGCAGAACUUGCGCGUGGUCAUGAACAGUGCGCACACAUCCAUACGGCAGCUGGUUUCUGGAGCCGAAACGCUGAAUCUCGUUGCUGAAAUCCUUAAAUCUAUAGACAGAAUUUCUGAGGUGAAAGAUGAGGAGAGCUCUUGAGACACUGGGCGCGCUCGGCUCCUGGCUCCGUGUGCCCAGACGGCCGCCACCCAUCUGAGUACACGGUUGCACCCCUCACUACAGUACUGCGCUAGAGUAAAGCACAUGAGACCCUGAUUGUACAACGUGACGCAGCUCUGUUGGCCACCGCUGCAGGAGCGGCCCGUGUGUGUCACACCCGUGGUUUACAGAUGGCCCCCUCGGUUCAGCUCUGCUGUAUCGGU